AUGGUUUCUUCUAAUGGAUCAGCUAAUACCCAACCACUUUUUUCUUUUGGGUUGAUUUCUGAUGUCCAAUAUGCUGAUAUUCCUGAUGGUCGCUCAUUCCUUGGUGUUCCACGGUAUUAUAGGCACAGUAUUCUUGUGUUGCAGAGAGCAGUUAAAGAAUGGAACACUCAUCAGAAGCAUAUGUUUGUGAUAAAUUUUGGAGAUAUUGUUGAUGGGUUUUGUCCCAAAGAUCAAUCUCUUGGUACUGUACAGAAGGUUGUGGACGAAUUUGAGAUGUUCAGGGGGGGACCUGUGUAUCAUAUGAUUGGCAAUCACUGCCUAUACAAUCUUCCACGCAGCAAGUUACUCCCAUUAUUGAAGAUCCAAACUCUUGCUGAUCGUGCAUACUAUGAUUUCUCACCAGUGCCUGAAUACAGGUUCGUAGUUCUGGAUGGCUAUGACAUCAGUGCCAUUGGUUGGCCACAAGAUCAUCCAAAAACAUUGGAGGCUAUGAACAUCCUAAGGGAGAAAAACCCAAAUGAAGAUAAGAACAGUCCAGAUAAUUUGGUGGGGCCUGAAAGAAGGUCUGUCAUGUUUAAUGGAGCCGUUGGAAAGGAACAGCUGGAAUGGUUAGAUGGUGUUCUCCUGGAGGCAACAAAAUUGAAACAGAAGGUGAUUGUCUGUUGCCAUUUGCCUCUAGAUCCUGGUGCGGCAAGUUUUGCGACACUGUUGUGGAAUUAUGAUGAAGUAAUGAAUUUGAUACACAGAUACAGUUGUGUUAAGGCCUGUCUUGCAGGGCAUGAUCAUAAAGGUGGAUACUCCAUUGAUUCUCACGGGAUACACCAUAGAGUUUUUGAAGCAGCUUUGGAAUGUCCUCCUGGUACGAAUGCAUUUGGAUACAUUGAUGUCUUCGAUGACAGAAUAUCACUUGUCGGGACUGACAGAAUGGAAAGCACAAACAUGCAUUUUAGCUCCCGAAGUUAA